AUGGAUGUUCGUAUCUUACAAUCCUAUCAUCUUCCACAGCCGAUUGGUAAACCAAUCGCCAAAUGUGUUGCGGCACAAGACUGGUUAGCCAUUAAAGUGCUUCCACAACGAAUUCACAUAUUUUUCAAGGAAUCGCUUAGAGAAAUUUGGCGUUUUCCAGCUGAUCCGAUCGAAAUAUCGCAGGAUGGAUUGUAUAAGUCUUCAGAGACAGUUAGUGGCUUGGCUAUUUCCUUUCUUGUUUUAACGGCUGAUGGCUCUAUUUGGCGCAUACCACUAGCUCAACGACAAAAAAGAAAUAUUGAUGUCGAUAGUCAAGAUCCAUCACCAUUACGUCAGAUUAGAAAAAUCAUUGAUGAAUACAAUUCACUUUUUUCACCACCCACGUUGAUCACUGUUACGGACGUUCAUAAAAUCUUGCAGCAGCCUCGCAUUUGUGCAUUGCGACCGCACAAUCUUUUUAAUCGCAAUGGUAUGCUAAUGAUAUCCGAGGAUGGUGAAAUUGGAUUUCUUUCAUUGGUGAAUCGACUUCCUUCAAACCAAGUUUUAUUUCGCCAUGAACAAAGGAUUGAAGGUGACCUUUCAGCUUAUGAGAAUUCAGUGAACGCAAAUUCUUUCAAUUUCGUGACGCAAGUCUCUGAUGAUUUGGCGAUGGUGGCUUUUAAUAGUUCGCAAAAGUUUCAGGAGGAAAUAUUGUUAACAGGAUAUUCGAAUGGCCUUGUUUUGUUUCAACCUUUAAUUCUUGAUGCACCACCUCCUUGUGCAAUUACCGCGUUAAAUGAAUCCCUUCAAGCUAUAUAUACACUUUCAAUAAAACGAGAAGUCACCGAUGAAUCGGAGUUAUUGCUUUUAAGACCACUUAUUGAAGAAAAAGUUGACAAUGCAUUUCUUUUUGUUGGCUCUGAAGGCACUAUUGCUUUAAUGUGUAUGGCACCCAAGAAAAAUGAUGACUCUAAUGUGAAAUCUAUUGCUUAUAAAGAAUAUUUUGUUCCUGCACCAGUACAUUCGUCUUUUGCAUUUAAGAACCGUUUAAUAGUUACAGUUGAAGAUGGAAAUAUUGUUGUCAUAAACUUUGACAGAGAUAUGUUCUCAGAAGGGAUUGUUACAUUGUCUUAUCAUUGCAUUUCUGAUCAAGGUUCAAAUGAUGGAAUUUUAUAUGCAUUAUCUAAUAAUGGUCGAUUGAUUCGUUCGAGUUUCAAAACUACAAGUGAAGACAAACCAUCAUAUAUGAUGAGCAACGAAGAGUUAAAAGAAAAAACCAAGAAUCAGCUCAACAAUAUUGCAGAGUUGACUACUAAGCAAACUACUUUGGAAAAAACAAAUCAGCUGUUGAAUUCUGCAAUUGCUGCGCGAAACUUGGUGAUUCCUGAACUUCAGCGCCUUUAUAAAAAACGUGAUAAAGCAGCAGAUAGCAAUCCCCCUUUAAAAGUUGAAUGCUACCCAGUUACUAUGUCAACUUCGCUCAAUGGUAGUGUAAUUAAUCGUACAUUUGUAAAAGUACGAUUGACUAGUCAAUUAGGGAUAAAUUGGACUCAUAUGUGGUCAC